CGCCAAAACCAUAAUUAAUUAACUUGCACACAACAAAUUAAAGCCAAGGAAUUAGAAAAUGGCUGCAGCUCCAAGUCUGCUUCUAACUUCCUCGCUACUCCUCUUCCUCCUCUUCCUCCCCUUCUCACUCUCAAAAACAACAGCAGCUGAAACAGAUGCUUUAUUCAAGGCUUCCAAAAACAGUCCUCGUUCCGAGGGUUCCCAAGUCGCGGAAAGGUUGAUCAGGAAUCUUAACCUGUUUCCCAGCGUCCAUGAUGAUCAGCUCAGGAUCGAAGCAGCCGGAGCGGUUCCCGCCGAUCAGCCGACGCUCAUCGAGAAGCCCUUCAAGCUUGAUUACCUUGGCCAGUCUGGCUCUACUCUUCAAAAUGGUGAUGGUAUUGCCAACCUAAGCCAGCAUGCCGGUUAUUUUAAGCUUCAAAAUACUAUAAAUGCAAGUAUGUUUUACUUGUUCUUUGAGUCAAGGCUAAACAAGAGCGAUCCGGUGGUGAUAUGGCUCACUGGAGGACCGGGAUGCGGCAGUGAGAUUGCUUUGUUCUAUGAGAAUGGACCCUUUAAAAUUCAACCCAAUUUGUCUCUUAUUUUGAACGAUUACGGUUGGGACAAGAUUUCAAACAUCAUCUUUGUGGAUCAACCUAUCGGAACUGGUUUCAGUUAUAGUACAACUAAGAAUGACACUCGCUUUGACGAAAAAGGCGUCAGCGAGGACCUCUACAACUUCUUGCAGGCAUUCUUCAACAAACACCAUGAAUAUGUCAAAAAUGACUUCUUCAUAACGGGAGAGUCAUAUGCUGGGCAUUACAUUCCUGCAUUGGCUUCUCGUGUUAACGAGGGAAACAUGGAAAAUCAAGGAACUCAUAUAAACCUCAAGGGAUUUGCCAUCGGAAACGGACUCACAGAUCCGCUAAUCCAAUAUGCAGCCUAUACUGACUACGCUAUGGAGCAAAAUUUGAUCAAUAAGACCAUUUAUGACCAAAUAAACCAGACCGUUCCGGCUUGUGAGACAUUAAUUGAAAGUUGUGGAACCUCGGGUGAGAAGAAAGUUUGCGAGGACGCUUUUGUAAUAUGCACAAACAUAUUCCAAGAGAUACUAUUUAUUAGCAAUCAUAGCAACCCCUAUGACAUCAGGAAGCCAUGUCAAGGACAGCUCUGUUACAACAUGUCGAACGUGGAAAAGUACCUCAACCAACAAAAAGUUAGAGAAGCUCUUGGGGUUGGGGCCAUUCAGUUUGUUUCAUGUAGCCAGAUUGUGUACAACGCAAUGAUACAGGACUGGAUGAGAAACUAUGAUGUUGGUAUUCCUGCACUCCUUGAACAAGGAAUCAAUGUGCUUAUAUAUGCUGGCGAAUUUGAUUUUAUCUGUAACUGGCUUGGUACGUAGUGGUUUAUUAGUUCAUAUUUUAUUGGUUUAGGAAAAACUUCAAAGUCACAAUUAGGGGUGUUUGGAUCUAAUUCUUAAAACUGCUUCUGCUCCUUCAACGAGCAGAAGCAGAAGUUGGAGUGUAUGGGUGAAAAUGCAGAAGUGAUUCUGGUGCUCUAAUUUACUCCUAGAAUCAGUUUUUAAGAAGUUGAGGUGACCAGCUUCUGAAAACUAAUUCUGAUUUUGUUUAUGCUCUAAAAAAGAAGUGGCAGCAGAAUCAGUUCCAAACAUCCCGUUAUUGUUAUUGCUAUUGUAACAACCGAGGCCUGAUUUUGGAUGAACAGGAAACUCAAGAUGGGUUCAUGCCAUGAAAUGGCUUGGUCAGAAAGACUUCGGCAUAGCACCUAACGUUUCAUUUACUGUGGAUGGAGAGGUGAAAGGAACACUAAAGAGCCACGGACCACUGAGUUUCCUCAAGGUGAGUGAUGCAGGCCACAUGGUUCCAAUGGAUCAACCUAAGGCAGCACUAGUAAUGCUUCAGAGGUGGAUGCAGGGAAAACUUACCUCAACAGCGUAAUAUAAUACGAGUAGCAUCUUGGCCCCAUAACACACCUAAAGUAUUAUUGUUACACCAUUUUUGCUUGAGAUGCAUGUUUAAUUUUUUUUUAGUGUUCUAUGGACUUAAUAUAUUUCGAAUUUGCAACUAAAAUGGCUCUGAUCUUUCUCUGAAUGUAACACGUAAACCAUAUACAAUAUGAUUCUUCAUUGAUGAAUGAUGAACAUAUAUAUGUCACACUGAUCUUCCAU